GUGGGGAUCGGUUCGGGGGAGGCCUGGGGCCGCUCGCUGGUGCGCUGUCUCCGCCGCCCCCCCUUUCGCCGCCGCCGCCGCCGCCGCCCCGGGCAUGUCGUCCAACUGCACCAGCACCACGGCGGUGGCGGUGGCGCCGCUCAGCGCCAGCAAAACCAAGACCAAGAAGAAGCAUUUCGUGUGCCAGAAAGUGAAGCUAUUCCGGGCCAGCGAGCCGAUUCUCAGCGUCCUGAUGUGGGGGGUGAACCACACGAUCAAUGAGCUGAGCAAUGUCCCUGUCCCUGUCAUGCUAAUGCCGGAUGACUUCAAAGCUUAUAGCAAGAUCAAGGUGGACAACCAUCUCUUCAAUAAGGAAAACCUCCCCAGCCGCUUCAAGUUCAAGGAAUACUGCCCCGCGGUGUUCCGGAACCUCAGGGAGAGGUUUGGCAUCGACGACCAGGAUUACCAGAAUUCAGUGACACGCAGUGCACCUAUCAACAGUGACAGCCAGGGCAGGUGUGGCACACGCUUCCUCACCACCUAUGACCGGCGUUUUGUCAUCAAGACUGUAUCAAGUGAGGAUGUGGCCGAGAUGCACAACAUCUUAAAGAAAUACCACCAGUUCAUAGUGGAGUGCCACGGCAAUACCCUCUUGCCACAGUUCCUGGGUAUGUACCGCCUGACUGUGGAUGGUGUGGAAACCUACAUGGUGGUCACCAGGAAUGUAUUCAGUCAUCGGCUUACUGUACAUCGCAAAUACGACCUGAAGGGUUCCACUGUCGCCAGAGAAGCCAGUGACAAGGAAAAGGCUAAGGACUUGCCGACAUUUAAAGAUAAUGACUUCCUUAACGAAGGGCAGAAGCUGCACGUGGGAGAAGAGAGCAAAAAGAACUUCCUGGAAAAACUGAAGCGGGAUGUUGAGUUCCUGGCCCAGCUGAAAAUCAUGGACUACAGUCUCCUGGUGGGCAUCCACGAUGUAGACCGGGCAGAGCAGGAGGAGAUGGAGGUGGAAGAGCGAGCAGAGGAGGAGGAAUGCGAGAACGACGGGGUGGGCGGCAGCCUUCUUUGCUCCUACGGCACACCUCCAGACAGUCCUGGCAACCUCCUGAGCUUUCCCCGCUUCUUUGGCCCAGGAGAGUUUGACCCCUCCGUCGACGUCUAUGCCAUGAAAAGCCAUGAAAGUUCCCCUAAGAAGGAGGUCUAUUUCAUGGCCAUCAUUGACAUCCUCACACCCUAUGACGCUAAGAAGAAAGCUGCACAUGCCGCCAAAACAGUGAAACAUGGGGCAGGGGCUGAGAUCUCCACUGUGAACCCGGAGCAGUACUCGAAACGUUUCAAUGAGUUCAUGUCCAACAUCCUGACGUAAUCAUCUCUACCUUCUGCCAGAGCCAGACUGCUGGACAAGGGGGCACCCUCCCAAUCUCCUGUCAGGCCCUCAGUUCCCUCCAAUUAAGGCCAGCGCGAGGGAUGAGAACAGCAGUCGGUCAGACACCUCAGUCAGCCACGUUUUGAUCUCACCUAGAUGGACUUUUUAUUUCCUGGAGUGUUGUGCAUAAUUCCCUCCAUGUUUCCACCUUGGAUCCAAGUGAACCGUUACAUUGGCUCCUCCAUCCCGUCCUCUCAGAAGAACAUUGCAGGUUGACCCUGACGCCUUGGACCUGAGUCAGAGGCCUCAGAGGGGAACAGGUUCGUCUUCAUGAGAUGGUGAGUGACCAGGAAGCAGCUGGGCCCUCAGACAGUCGGUUCUCAAAGAACCCAGUGAUCAACACCCGAGCCACCUGCGCCUUUGAGUGGAAUUCUGACGUCUGUCAAGCCUGCCACCCACCGGCUCAAGAGGAACUACAAAGCAUCGUUGCAUUUUUUUGGGACUCCUGUGUUUCGAUGGCUGUUUCCCUUUGGGAAAAAUCCCAGAAACUAAUAUCUGUCAACCGGGCCCGUGAGCAUCAUCCGUCUCCUAACUACUGACCUCUGGGUGCCAUCACCCGUAACUGGCGUACGGUCAGUGCAGAGCUCAUUGCAGAGAUGCCACUCCAAGCCCCGGCCUACUAUGCAGGUGUCUGGCCCCUGUGCCUGUGACUUCUCACCUGCACAGCUUUAGCCAGCAAGGUGCUCCACCUGAGGUUGCCUGAGUCACCUGAGGAGGUGACCCAGGAAAGCCUAUUUGGAGGCCUGACUUGGGGCUUUGCCCAUCCCCCAGCAUCAGGGCUGAUUGAUUUUCCUUGUUACCCUUCACUCUUUCUGAACUUGGGAUCUGCCUACGGUCCUCUUUGGAAAGAGUGACAUCAUGCAGCCUCCUUCAGGAGCCUCAGAAGGGAGCUACACAAGUCAUUCUGAUGCCACCAGAGCAAGUGGUUGCCAGGAAGAAAAAUGGCUUUGUUGGCCUGCCCGUGGAGGAGGUAAACUCCCUACCUCUCCGCAGCCCCCUCAGAAGGAAUCAGGAAUUUAGGAUGAGAUGGAAAUUUUGUAGAUAACCCCAAAGAUGUGAAGCUGGUUUGUGGGACUGUCUUGGGUGAAUAGAUGAUUUCCAAUGCCUGCCUCCCAAACUGGCCGAGCUCAGCUUGGGGAGCUUGGGGAGCUGGAGUCGCCGCUGUGCCGUGUCCUCCCUAACACUUCCCCCCCCACCCCACUGAACUAAGACAGGAAGCAAGGUGUCAGUCUUGGGCUUCUCUGGGGCUGCCAAUUGGGUGAGGCAGGUGGGGACCCACUCCUUCCCUAGAAGAGAACAGUUAAGGUUCUGGGGAGCAGAACCACAGGGGUCCUGGAGAAGGACUUGGAACCACAUGGUUCGUGGAGAAAGGAUUUUAAUGUAGGAGAGGGGUUACAUAGGAAUAAUGUCGGGACUUGAUUUCCCACCUCACAAUCAAGAGUACAAACUCUGGGAUCUGCCCCAGGCUUGGAAGCUGACGCUCCUGGCUGAUCCUGUUGUGUGUGUGCAAAACCUAACAGUCCUAUCAGAGGAGCUACCAGCCGUCUAACUGGGUGAACGGUGGGUUUUGUGGGGGUUUCAUUUCGUUUUGUUGUAUAUUGUUUACAAUUUUGAGAGGUAGCUUUCUGUUUUAAGCUCUUCGUUUUCCUGACAGUAUUGUUGAGUGGGUCAAAAUAUUUGAGCUGUGGUUUGGUGGAUUUUAGAUUGUUUUUGUUUUUUUUAAGGUCAUUCUCUGUGCUGUCUUCAAAAACCUGAGUUUUGACUCUGAUUCCUUUGGCAUUCACAUGUUUAAAAACUAUUUAUCUUUAUUUCAUACAUGUUUUCUUUCUCUUUGUGACAAAGAUGUGCUAUUUGGCUUCAAUCUCCAAAUGAUUACACCCUCCCCCAGUUAUCUGCUCCCUCUUGUCCUGAGCCCCAAUCACUCUCUGGGCAGCAGGGGUCAAGGGGAAGACAAGACCCUUAACCUGACUCCUCAGGGCCAUGAAGAACAGCCAGACUGUCUUAUGGCAUCCAGAAUCAUGUUGGGUCUUCCAGAAAUAGAUGUUUAAGAAUAGAGUCCCAGACAACUGGGUGAGGUCUGGAUGUGGGAAAGCGGGGGAAUUCCGUUCCCCAUCCCUCACCCUGCCUCUUAUGGCGUAGCAGCCAGUCCCUAUCCCUCCUGUGGAAAUUGUGGAGCUGAGAAAAUACAUCUCACAUCCAGCUGACGCAAGGGGUACUAUGAAAACUCUGACACCCAGCAAUGGCCUAAGGUUGUAUUCCCAGUCUAAGGCUGUCCCGGGGAAGGGCGGGGCUGCAGGGCAGUGCCAGGAGUGCGGUUCAGUUCCGCUGCAGUGCUAAAUCUCUCCUUAUCUAGCUCAGGGGUUACUGGUCUGUGGCUGGCGCCAUGAGUGGGCCCCAGGCUGUUCUCAGUGGUACUGUAGUUCUCUGCCACAGGCAGCUCUUCCUCCCCUUCCCCUUCCCCAAUCACUUUUCUCAAUCCUGGGCUUUAGGCCUGAACAGGUCCCCUAGCCAUGGUCAAGGGAGGAGAGAUUGGACUCCUGUGGAGACUUCCCCUCUUGACCAUGUGCCAGGUCCUGGGGAGGUGGACCAAAGACCCAGGACUUUCUCAGUAGCCAGGCCCGCACCCGGUUGUCUUUUUAACAAUUCAGGUUGGGAAGGAAAAACCAUUAGCUGUUGCUAGUGCUUGACCUCCUCAAGUAUUUCGGGCAGAAAGGACAGUGUACCGAGACAGCCCUCAGAGCUCUGGCCUGUGGUUUCCCAAGUUUAGAGACCUCACCAGCAGUAAUGGCUGGUGGGGUAGGGGAUCUCAAAGGGAAACACAUUUAGACAGCUACCCAAAAUCUGCCAGCCGUGGUCCCAGUCCUCUGAAAUGUGCCACUUAGGAAGAGUGUCUCCAAGGGGAAAUGAGACUCAGCUGUCCUUCAGGUUGAGUCACCAGGAAGGAGGCUGAGGAGACACCAGAAGAGCCCGUCCUUUGCCCACAGCCAUUUUACAAGGUGGGAGCCCAUACAUUUAGGGGGAACCAUCUGCUUAGCACAUCUCAGCGGCGGGUCAGAACAUUGCACACACAAAAUGUGAAUGAAAUCUAGAGUCACCUUUGGGAUUGCAGGAUUAAAAGUUCUACCCACCACAUGUGACUUGUCUAUUUCCGGCUGCAAGCUCCAUUUUUUUUAAAUAGGAAUUUUCACCCUUGUGCUUGUCUAAUGUCUGCUCUGAACAGUUCGAGCCUCUGUUACUGUUUUAAAAUGCAUGCAUGUUAAAAAAGAAUCUCCAAAUGGAGGACAAAAUAAAACUCAAAAAGCUUUGUGUACA